UCCUCGGUUUAGAAUAGGAGGAUUAUUUUGGACGGCCUUUUUACAUUGAUGCCGAGAUCCAACAAGAAAAGUUUUCGUCGCUGUAUGCAAGUACCUGAAGGAGCAUAUUUCCUAGAGGAAGAGCUAAGUUUUUUUUAUUGCAAAUAGUGGUUCUGCAAAUAAAACCUGACUAACUGCAUGUAAACCACCAUCUAGUGGUCCUUCUACUAUAGUAAGCAACCGUCCACCUUUAACUGCAUCAGUAUCGGAAACAGUACUACUGAAUCUCUUCUCCGACGAAAAGGUGCCUCACUCAUCCUGACUUUCAGGUAGGAGACCCACAUAAAGAAGAUGCCUUUGAAGACUAUUCGGCAGUUGGAUGAAGUCAUCAAGACAACAACUGUCGUCUACGACCACUCAAAUGCCAAACUUGUGUCAAAGAAGAACAAAGUGAGGAGAUGUGGGAAGGACGCUUUUCUGUCCUCGCAUCCAUAUAGCACAUUUUCUUGCCACCGGUCUGCUGAGAACAAACUGCUGGCAUCCUCAACUACUCAACCAAAAUUCAAACAUACAAAUAGAAGAGCCACCAAAAGUACGAAGCAGAAGCUUCAGUUUUGUGUCCAGGCCCACCUCCCACUCGUACCAAAGACCCUUAGUUUCGAGCUGGAUCCCGAGACACCCAUUUCCACCUUGAAAGGGUUGAUUAGCAAGAAGUUCGGUGUCAAGCCUCGGCAUCAACGUCUGUACAUCCGCCGAGACAUUUGGCUCUGUGAUUUGCUAACACUUCACGAUAAUGGCAUUGAUAAAGACGACAUCAUAUCGCUAUCAACUCAUGAUGCCGCGCAAAAUGGAUCAAAAGAAAACACAACGGUCGACGAAGAGUACGUUUGCCUCUUGUCGUCGAAAAUUGGAUCGUCAUGGAGGAAACUUGCAAAACACCUGGGAUACGAAGAUGCCGAAAUUGCAGAAAUCCAAGCCAAUAUCAGGGUCACCUCUGAGGCAAGCCGUCAGAUGCUACUUACUUGGCGGAAAAAGAUAAGAGAUCGAGACGAAGCAUUUCAAAAGUUGAGACAAGCACUGACCACCGUUGGACUCACUGAUUUAGCUCAAAACGUACCAGAUUCUUGCCAGUCCAGAGACAAAGUAGCAGGGUCCCAGUCAGAGCAACAUAAAGACACAAAAGCGGCGGAACAGAACAAACCAAAAGGAGCAACAACUUCCGAGGCGCAGACUCAAUUAAAAGGGAAGGAUCUUAAAACUGAUGGACCUCAGGCUCUCCAAUAUGUGAAACAGAAGUUGCAGAUCUUUAUCGGCAAUCCCCUCCUUCGUGGACCGAGGACAUUUUGUUUCCAACUGGAUCCUGAGGCAUCCAUCUCAUCCUUGAAAAAAUUAAUACACAGGAAAAUCGGUGUCCUGCCCCAGCAUCAGUGUUUGUACAUCAUCAGAAAUUGUCGUAACUUCCAGCUCUGUGACUUGCUAACACUGAGUGACUGCGGAAUUCAACAGGACGAGAAUGUUUUAUUUCGUUUGUCAACUGACGGCUUACGCGGUGGUGGACCAAAAGGUGAUGACCAAUUGCUGCGUGACCUGUCCUCUAAAGUUCAAGAAUUCUGGAUAGAACUCGCCAAAAUUCUGGGAAUUGAAGAAUCAGAAAUCAAGAACUUCCAAGAUCUCAUUGAAAGCGACAAAGAGCGUAGCCACCAGAUGCUACUUUCCUGGUGGAGUAGGCAAGGAAACCGAGAAGCAGGGCUUGAGAAGCUGAGGGAGUCGUUGAUAUCCAUCGGGCUUUUUGAGCAGGCUCUGUUGAUACCAGAAACCUGUCAAGACGAAAGCUUAAAAACACCGUCACCGAUAUCAAAUGAGGGGGAAAGUCUGAAACAGGACCAGGCUGGAAAUAGACAGGAUGCAAUCAGUCAGACAAAAAUGCAGCCAAAGCAGGCUGGAGAAGACGACUCGUUAACGGCGGUUGGCAGUGAUGAUCUCAAGGAUGACGGUGGAAAUGUGUCGGGGAGCAAUUUUGGAACUCAGUCUUUGGGCGAUGCUGGUGAUGGCACAGGGCCGUCAGCAGGUCUGAUCACUGGAGCAUCAGGAGUUGUAUCCAGGAGCGUCAUUGAUUCCAAGUCUGAUGGUGACGCUGGCGAUACUGGUGUUGCCACCGCGCAGUUAGUAGGUCAGAUCACCCAAGCACCUGGAGAUGCAUUAAGGGGGGAGGUUAGCACUCAGCCCUCGUAUACUUCCACCAAGCUGUCUACAAGCGCGAUACCUGCUUUCAAAUUAAGUGAGCAGAUCAUGCUUGAGCUCGCAGAAGAGCUUGGUCCACAGUGGGAAAAGCUGGCUAUACAGCUUGGAUUUACAAGUGGUGUUAUUGAAGGAUUCAAAAGCGACAACCAAACGACGGUCGUUAUGCAAGGCUACAAAAUGCUCGUAGCAUGGAUGCAAAAGCAAGACGAUGAUACUGAACAACAAAUUAAGAGGUUAUGUGCAGCUCUUACGAAAGCGGGGAGAGUGGAUUUGACUAAAACUCUGCAGGUGUUCCCAGGGAUGCAGAUAGAGACGGACUUGCUAAAGAACGGGAUGAAGAGCCGCACCAUGACUCUUCUUUUCCGAGAAUUAGUGAAAGACUUACUAUCAACAUGUGGAGAAUCGUACGUGAUGCAUGAAUUUUUUGCUGCCCUCAAGCUAUGGGACCUGGAGCUUGAAGAUGUGACAUACAAAUCUGUCGUAUUUGUCAUUCGCAUCAAGACCCGCGUUGGGUUGGAAAAGCUUUGGGCUAUGUACACCACUGGAGAACUGGCAAAGAAGUUGACAGAGAUUUUUGUCACGGAUGACCUGACAACAGAAGACAAGUCUGACUUGUCCAUCCAAGUGACUAUACCGGAGAAAGACUACGAACAAUGUUGCCGAUUCUUUGAAGAACUGGAUAAUGCCACACAUGAAGGUAAUGAACAAGAUGCAAGCUGUAAGACGACAAUGCAGCCAAAGCAAUUUAGAGAAGACAACUCGAUAACGACGGCUGGCAGUGACGGUCACACUGAACAAGCUACCGGCCGGUCUGCAGAGAAGACAAACGCAUCACAUAGGACCGCAGACAACAGGCAGAUUGAUGAUCAGUUCCUGACGGACUCGUCAUCCAAUGAGGUUCAGAAAUACCGGAAAGAAUGCACCGAUUACCGAGAAAAUGAAGAAACAGCAAUCAAGCGAUUCCAAACUCUCUCCCAAGGCAACAAAGAACGUAGCAGCCAAAUCCCAACUUUGCAGUGCGGAAAGCAGACCAAUCGGAAGGAAGGAAUUCAGAAGCGCAGAGAGCCAUUGGAAAGUAACGGGCUUACGGAGCAGGCACCAGAUAAUGCGCAGACUGAUGAUCAGUUCUUGCCGGACUUGUCCUACAGUGAAGCUCAUGAAUGCAGGAAACAAUUCACCGAAUACAAAGGAUAUGAAGAACCGGAAACCAAGCAAUUCCAAACUCUCUCCGAGAAAAACAAAGAACACUGCUUCAGAACCUUAAUUUGGUGGUGGAAAAAGCAUGUCGAAGGACUCCAGGGGCUGAUAAAGGCAUUGGAAAGCAUCGGCAUUCCAGGUCAAGCCUUCUUGACACUAGGCCAUGAACAAGAUAUAAACAGUGGGACAGAAGAACAACCAAAACUGCUUGGACAAACCAGCACAGAAGCAACGGCUUACAAUUACGAUCGAGCCGAAUUAUGCUGCUGAUAGAUUCGAAAAGGUAUCAAAGACAAUGUACAACAGGUGGACCAAUCACUAGUCCAAGGCACACGAACAGUCUUUCGUUGCAGGGACCACCUAGCAAGAGGUAGAUGAGUAAUUGAAUACAUUUUAUACACAGGAACGUGCUCAGGCUGAGCACCUCCUUAGGAGAAUCCGGUCGUCAGAACUUCUCUUUGCUGUGGCAAAGAGCUUUGCCAAAGCCUAGAGAAUGAUACCCUUGCUGUGCUUAAUGUCGAAACACCCAGAACUGCUAUAAACAUUGACGACGGGUCACUGGGAUACAUAUUCACAAGACACAUAUGUCACAAGGAGAAAUAUUCCCAGUAGUAAUUUCUUUCGGUAGUACGUCCCCAGAUAAGUUGGUAAACUUAAUCUAUACAGGACUUGGUCGGACGUGUGGGGAAGUGAGUGGCCGGUUUGAUAAGUAUGACCCAUCUACACAAUCUAAAAGUGAAAGGGCAUAGCAUAACCCGCCAGGACGUUAAAUAUCUGGCUGAAGCAGUUAAUGGCAUGGAUAAUCUGAUACAUUUCAGUGGUAUCAAGGUGGAGCUUCAUGUCAGGCUUAAAGACAAUUGUACGCAACUGAACAUUAGGGAGUGUUCGUCAGCUGGUGAGAAUAUGGCAGAUAUUGUACAGUCACUCAGCAAUUGGAGGGAUUUAGUCAGCUUGACUUUCAUUGUCAUUCGUCAUCUAAGUCAUCUGUUCGUCUAUAUGGGCCCUACACUUACAAAAACUGACUCAUGAGGAGUUAGACUGCUCACUACGAAGCAGAGACGUUGAACACCUGGCCGCAGCACUGGGUCGAAUGCCAAGUCUCGGAGAGAGCUCAGUUUGGAGGGAAAUCAGCCUUUUUAGUGGCUCUGCCGUGACAUUGGCUUGCAGUUUGCAACAAAUGAAAUUUAAUUGUACAUGUAUGUUGAAUCUGAGUGGCUGCUCACUGACAGAAAAAGAUCUGGAACAUUUUUUUUAAAGUUCAGACAUUGUGGUGUUUUUUCUCAGCAUAAGAGGCUGAUCAGGAUUUUCGCCAUAUGACGGAAUUCCCGAACCAAAGGAUGCAAGUCAGAUUUCAAAGUUAAGAAUCUGUCCCAAGGUCCCCCUUCCUGAAUUAAAGCUUCAGUCCAAUUUUGGACUAGUUGGAUCUGGUCAGGUUCCACGUGAAGAGCCCCCUGAAAGGAGUAAAAAUACCGAGUCUCCAGUCCCAUGAAACAUUCCCAAUGCACAGAGAUCUAGUGAACACAAACAUUCUAAUGAAUUCGCUCAGAACCCCAGGACAAGUGUGAUAAUGCAUACAAAAAAACACAAAAAACACACACACACACAAAAACAAGAACAAAAUAAAAACACCCUUCCCCAAAAAACACUAAAUUAUAGAGGCAUUAAUUCAUGACCUCUGCUUGGUAAAGCUACUCACUGUCCAAUGAAUUAAGAAAUAUUUUGUAUUGUUAUGUUGUAUUGAUUUCAAUCCAGAUUAAGCUAUUUCUCGACUGCAAGUGAAUUAUGCAUGCAAAGUAAAUUCCACUGAAUAAUGUCAAAUCCUGCUGCUCCCCGAAGGCUUAUUUGAACUUUUAUGAAUUCAAAAGCCUGGUAUUGUCCGACUUAUUUUGUCUAUUUCCAUUAGUCGAUCUAUUCGUUGGUGAUAGGUGAAAUAAACGUGAUCACUGAGAUGAUUCAAGCACUAUUGUACACUAGGAUUAAGGAUAAGAUUUCAAAUAUUAAAAGCCAAUAUAAAGGCAUACAGAGUUUCCAAAUGUUCAGAUUUUUUAUGGUAAUUUUGCCUUCUUUAAGCCUUCUUGAAGCUUAAAAGGCGAACCAAGUGAUUAACACUUUCUGGUUCGUAAUUUCCGUAGGAUGUGUACUUUUUGUUAUUUUGCUGUUAUUUUCUAACGUGGUGACCUUCAAUUUUUUUUCUUUAAUUCUAUGCUAAAAUAGUAAAAGGAAUGAGGAAAUGUCGAUGGAAUGUUUUGCCACUUUUCCCCUUUGGAUUACAGUGUAACUCAGUGGAUAAUGUUGAUUUGUGUAGAAAGUUUUCGUGUGAGGUGGAAAUAGAGUACAAAAUGUGGCAUGUUAAAGCUUUAUGUCUAGACAAUUUCGAGAUAUUUGUAUCAGUUUUAUAUCGUCUCUUUGGGUGUGUACGUUCCAUGAUGUUCGACAGAAUAAUUAUGGAGUAAACGUAGCAAUAUUUAUAUUCCUCGAUGAUGCGGCUGAAGCCGAGCUCACGAUAUUUUUAUGGUGAACUGAUCUAAUGACUAUGCAAUGUAAGUUUCUAUUUGAGCGUUUAAACUGUCUACUCUCAGCUUCGUUUGCCAGAACUUUAAUUACCUGGGAAUCACUAAACAAAAUUUGGGAUGCGAUUUUCAGCGAACGACUCCCUUCAAUUUUGUUUGUCAAAGGUGGAUCGCAAUAAAACUGGCCCAUCUUGAGG